GCGGCGGCGAGACGAGGCGGAGGAGGUCUGCGAGCUGCGGGGCGGGCGGCGGGUAGAGGUGUGAGGGCGGCGAGAGACCUGAGGGGCAGCCGGGCCGGGGGGCCGCCGCCGCCGCCAUGCAGGAACUCAUCGCCAGCGUGGACCACAUCAAGUUCGACUUGGAGAUCGCGGUGGAGCAACAGCUCGGGGCGCAGCCGCUGCCCUUCCCCGGCAUGGACAAGUCGGGGGCUGCUGUCUGUGAAUUCUUUUUGAAAGCUGCCUGUGGCAAAGGGGGCAUGUGCCCAUUUCGCCACAUCAGUGGCGAGAAGACAGUUGUGUGCAAACACUGGCUGCGAGGGCUGUGCAAGAAAGGGGACCAGUGCGAGUUCUUACACGAGUAUGACAUGACCAAGAUGCCUGAGUGCUACUUCUACUCCAAGUUCGGGGAGUGUAGCAACAAGGAGUGCCCCUUCCUGCACAUCGACCCUGAGUCCAAGAUCAAAGACUGCCCUUGGUAUGACCGCGGCUUCUGCAAGCAUGGUCCCCUGUGCAGGCACCGGCACACGCGGAGAGUCAUCUGUGUGAAUUACCUCGUGGGAUUCUGCCCGGAGGGACCCUCGUGUAAAUUCAUGCACCCUCGAUUUGAACUGCCCAUGGGAACCACUGAGCAGCCCCCACUGCCACAGCAGACGCAGCCUCCAACAAAGCAAAGUAACAAUCCGCCAUUACAAAGGUCGUCCUCCUUGAUCCAGUUAACGAGUCAGAACUCUUCUCCCAAUCAGCAGAGAACCCCACAGGUCAUCGGGGUCAUGCAGAGUCAAAACAGCAGUGCAGGCAACCGGGGACCCCGGCCGCUGGAGCAGGUUACCUGUUAUAAGUGUGGUGAAAAAGGACACUACGCCAACAGAUGCACCAAAGGGCACUUGGCCUUUCUCAGUGGACAGUGACAGCAGCUGGAGCCAGCUCAGAGCAGUCGGAGGGACCCCGGUGUUGGGAGUGUGCAUUUAACUGUCUAAUGCAGUGCUUGCUGGUACACCUCUGGCUCCAGCUAGCCUGCAGGCACAUGGGGUUCAUCGUUCCGGAGGGCCAUGUCUGUUAGUUUCCUAUCAUUUUGCUGUCAUCUUUUUUGAAAAAGGGACAUGGGCUCCGUGCCUCCUUUCUGGGACUUCCUACACACCUGCCCUGGGAAGGGGAGGAAGUGUCUGGGGAAGGGAUGUGCUGGGCAGCUCUGUGUAGACAUGGCCUUUCCCAUUGGAGCCUCAUUAAACACCAGUUCUUGGUGACUCCAAGGGCUGGUGGGUCAUUCAAAGCUGUGGCCAGAUCAUGCCUAUGGUCUCCCCCUCCUGCCGAAUCCUGAAGCUGCGCCUGUCAACGUGAUUUGAAUGAGGGGCCCUUCAUGGCAGACUCCUGUGCCCUCUUCCCCAGCCUGGUGGUCCCAGGUGGCAGCAGUUGAGGGGUGUGGGGCUCUCAGGGUUGAGGUUCUCUUUUUCCUCUGGGCCAUUUUCUCUUGGGGCACCCGACAGCAUUCAAGGUGUGCCCUGAGUUGGAGCUGCAGACCUUCAGAUGACGACCCGGCCCAUCUGUGCCUACCUCCCGGUCAAGUAUCCGUACUGUUGCUCAGACACCUGUGGCAUGCGGAGGAGACUGCCCUGCCCCUGAGCCUGGAAAAUGUGAAACUCACCUGCAACCUGCUGGGCAAGUGGGCCUAUCCAAGUUCAACUACAAGAAGAAUUUUUAUGGUUGAUUAAAGCUCGUUUUAUAAGCUGUG